UGGUUGGAGCGGAGCAGCCAGCCAGCCAGGCAGGCAGAAAGGGAGAGAGAGAGACACACACACACACACAUACUGGCUAGUGGUUGGAUCAGCCAGCCAGGCAGGCAGAAAGAGAGAGAGAGAGACAGACAGUGUGAGCAGGGAGAGGAGCGGUUUAGCGUUAGCGCUGGUUUAGCGGAGCUGUCGGAUAUCUGCAGGCUCCUGCCCAUGACCAAGCUCUAAUGGAGGGAGACGCCGAGGGGGAGCAUGUGCUCCGGGGGCAGAGUGAGGAGGCCCUUGUGGACCAUGGCAAGACCAACUUCGCCCCACACACCAACUACGAGAAGGAGGAACUAGAGAGUCACAGGGCUGUGUAUGUGGGGGUCCACGUUCCCCUGGGGAGAGAGAGCAAGCGCCGCCAUCGCCACCGCGACCGCGGACACAAGCACCACCGCAAGAGGAAGGAGAGGGACUCCGACCCAGAGACCGGGAGAGAAUCCCCCACAUAUGACACACCGUCCCAGCGGGUCCAGUUCAUCCUGGGGACGGAGGAUGACGACGUGGAGCACGUCCCCCAUGACCUCUUCACCGAGCUGGACGAGCUGUCCUUCAGAGAUGGACGUCCCACAGAGUGGAAGGAGACAGCCAGGUGGCUGAAGUUUGAGGAGGAUGUGGAGGAUGGUGGGGAGAGGUGGAGUAAGCCCUAUGUGGCCACCCUCUCCCUGCACAGCCUGUUUGAGCUGCGCUCCUGCAUCCUCAACGGCACCGUCAUGCUGGACAUGAGGGCCAACAGCAUCGAGGACAUUGCAGACAUGUUGAUUGACAGCAUGGUGGCGUCGGGCCAGCUGGACGAGUCUCUGCGGGGGAAGGUGCGCGAGGCCAUGCUGAAGAGGCACCACCACCAGAACGAGCGCAAGCUCAGCAACCGCAUCCCGCUGGUGCGCUCCAUCGCCGACAUAGGCAAGAAACACUCUGACCCGCACUUGCUUGAGUGCAACGGGGAAGGUCUGUCGGCCUCGCGCCACUCCCUCCUGAAGCCGGGCCUGUCCUCCUCCAACCUGUCCCAGAGGCGGGAGUCCCGCGUCUCCAUGCUCUUCAACAGCCUCCUCCCCGGCUCCUCCUCCUCCACCAACGCCGCCACCCCUUCGCCCUCCCCGUCCCCGACCCCGCACAGCUCGCCCCCAUUGCCGCGGCGACACACGGGGGCCGCCCCGAACGCGUCAGCGGCGUCGGCGGCGGCCCCCGUCUGUCCCCCGUGCGCCCCACAGCAGCAGCUGCACAUCCCCGAGGUGGUGGUGUCGCCCCCUACGGAGGAGGAGGCCGCGGCGGAGGACGAGGAGGAGACCUUGCGCUCGGUGCCGCCCAUCCGAGACGAGGAGGCGUCGGACGCCCGGCCGGCCCCCAGCUCCAGCUGCAGCUCCAGGCCGGGACUGCUGGCCGCCCACGAAGGAGGUAUGGCACCUGCACCGUCCAUCGGAAGCAACUUGGAUGGAGGCAAAGGUGGCGAUCGCAGGACGACCAAACCAGGGGUGGAUUCCAACUUCAUGAAGAAAAUCCCUCCCGGGGCGGAGGCGUCCAAUGUGCUGGUGGGGGAGGUGGACUUCCUGGAGCGGCCCAUCAACGCCUUUGUGCGCCUCUCGCCCGCUGUGCUCAUCACGGGCCUCACGGAGGUGCCCGUGCCCACCAGGUUUUUGUUUUUGCUCCUGGGCCCGCGUGGCAAGGGGUCACAGUAUCACGAGAUCGGCCGCUCCAUGGCCACCCUUAUGACAGACGAGAUUUUCCAUGAUGUGGCAUAUAAGGCCAAAGACCGGACGGACCUGCUGUCGGGCAUCGACGAGUUCCUGGACCAGGUGACAGUGCUGCCUCCUGGAGAGUGGGACCCCACCAUACGCAUCGAGCCCCCCAAGAACGUGCCCUCACAGACGAAGAGGAAGAGACCACCGCAACCCAAUGGCACUGCGUCCCCCUCUGAGCACAAGGAGGAGGCACAUCAAAUUGGCCCCGAGCUGCAGAGGACUGGCCGCAUUUUCGGAGGCCUGGUGAUGGACGUGAAGCGCAAGCUGCCGUUCUACUGGAGUGACGUGCGGGACGCGUUCAACCUGCAGUGCCUGGCCUCCAUCCUCUUCCUCUACUGCGCCUGCAUGUCCCCCGUCAUCACCUUUGGAGGCCUGCUGGGGGAGGCCACCAAGGGGAACAUCAGUGCCAUAGAGUCUCUGUUCGGGGCGUCUCUGACGGGCAUGGCCUACUCACUGUUUGCAGGGCAGCCUCUCACCAUCCUGGGUAGCACUGGGCCCGUGCUGGUCUUUGAGAAAAUCCUCUUCAAGUUCUGCAAAGAUUAUGGCCUGUCCUACCUGUCCCUGCGCACCAGCAUCGGCCUGUGGACGGCCUUCCUGUGCCUGGUGCUGGUUGCCACGGACGCCAGCUCGCUGGUGUGCUACAUCACGCGCUUCACGGAGGAGGCCUUCGCUGCCCUCAUCUGCAUCAUCUUCAUCUACGAGGCGCUGGAGAAGCUCUUCGACCUGGGCGAGAAAUUCCCUGUCAACAAGCACAGCAUCCUGGACAACAUCACACUCACCACAUGCCAGUGUGCUCCUCCUGCAGAAGUGACCAAUGAGACGCUGCACAUUUGGAACCAGACGGGCCACACGUCUGACUCCAUCCCCUGGAGCAGCCUCAACGUCUCGAUGUGUAAGGUCUUCCACGGGGGCUUUGAGGGCUCUGCGUGCGGUCACCACGGGCCCUACAUCCCCGACGUGCUCUUCUGGUCGGUCAUCCUCUUCUUCUCCACCUUCUUCCUCUCCUCCUUCCUCAAGCAGUUCAAGACGGAGCGCUACUUCCCCACCAAGGUGCGCUCCACCAUCAGUGACUUUGCUGUGUUCCUCACCAUCAUGAUAAUGGUGCUGGUGGACUAUCUGAUGGGCAUUCCCUCGCCCAAACUCAACGUGCCCGACCGCUUUGAGCCCACCUCUAAGAACCGUGGCUGGCUAAUGGACCCUGUAGGGGAGAAUCCCUGGUGGACGAUCCCCAUAGCGGUCCUUCCGGCUCUUCUCUGUACCAUCCUCAUCUUCAUGGACCAGCAGAUCACCGCCGUUAUCAUCAACCGCAAAGAGCACAAGCUCAAGAAAGGCUGCGGGUACCACCUGGACUUGCUGAUCGUGGCGGUGAUGCUGGGCGUGUGCUCCAUCAUGGGGCUGCCGUGGUUCGUGGCGGCCACGGUGCUCUCCAUCUCCCACGUCAACAGCCUGAAGGUGGAGUCGGGCUGCUCGGCGCCUGGAGAGCAGCCCAAGUUCCUGGGCAUCCGCGAGCAGCGGGUCACCGGCCUCCUCAUCUUCACCCUCAUGGGCCUGUCCGUCUUCAUGACCUCGGCUCUCAAGUUCAUCCCUAUGCCGGUCCUGUACGGUGUCUUUCUCUACAUGGGAGUCUCCUCUCUGAAAGGCAUUCAGUUCUUUGACCGCAUCAAGCUGUUUGGCAUGCCAUCGAAGCACCAGCCGGACCUGAUCUACCUGCGCUACGUGCCGCUGUGGAAGGUGCACGUCUUCACACUCGUGCAGCUCACCUGCCUGGUGCUGCUCUGGGUCAUCAAGGCCUCCAACGCCGCCGUCGUCUUCCCCAUGAUGGUGCUGGCCUUGGUCUUCAUACGGAAGCUUCUAGACUUCUUCUUCACCAAGCGGGAGCUGAGCUGGUUGGACGACAUAAUACCCGAGAGUAAGAAGAAAAAAGAGGACGACAAGAAGAAGCAGAAGCAGGAGGCGCAGCGGAGGCUAGAGGAGGAGGCGGCGGCGGCGGGAGCCUCUCCGUAUGCUGGGAGUAACCUGCUGAAGAUCCCGGUCCAAACACACAGCGGCAGCACUGAUCUGUCGGCUGUUAAUAUCACUGAUGAAAUGAACAAAAGUGCGGCAUGGAAAGCGGUCGACCACACAAACACCAUGAAGAAAAGUGAAAGCCAGGAGAAGGUGGCAUGUGUUAGGAUGAAUGUGGAGCCUGAGGGCGGGGCUCAACAGGUGAACCAGGAGACCUCGCUGUGAAGGGUGAAGAACAAGGGGAGGGGGGCCCCCCCCAACACCAACCCCAGCCGUAGCCCAGUCCUGUAAAAUCCCCAGAGCCCCCCCCGUCCCUGACCCCCUCCUCUUCUCCCACAAAGCCCGCGUCUCCAGCCUUCUCUUAGGGCCUCUUUUCCACCCUCCCCCACACCAGGGUGCUGCAGAUCCACACUUGGCAGAGAUAGCGCCCUCCAGUGGACAGGCUGACCAACUACAGCAAAGACUGGGAGCCAUGAGCAUCCGACAAGGCACAAAGUUAAUGCCUGCCACACACACACACACACCCCAGUCACCCUGCUCUAGCAUCCCCCUAUGCCAAAACCACAGGGGCCAAGGCAAUUGGCCUCCUCACAUGCUUGAGAUGACCUUUGGGAAAAUACAUAUAAUAUAUGUAUAGAUAUAUACAUAUAGAUAUAUAUAUAUAUAUAUAUAUAUAAAUAAGUAUAUAUUUUAUAUUAAUAUUAUUGGCAGAAGUGAGUUCUGCAUCAAAGAACAAAAUUAUGGUUCAACACAGGGGAAGGUAUCAGAGGAAGUGUUCCUUUUACUCCAGCAUCUGGUGCGUCUGCUCUGUAAAAACAUUGGUGUAAUCGCUAUUGACAAAACAAAAACAUGCUACGCUACUUUCACAUCGUAAAACAAAUCACAAAUUCAGUCCACUCUCUUCAGAAGUCACACCAUCCCACAAGUGGACAAGACCAGAGCUUUCCCCCUGUAGUACUGUAGUUCCUUUCUCUAACACUACUGUGAGAUGACUUGGUGAUCAGUUCUGUGUGCUGCUAUUGUCCUUUUGUGGUAUGUGUGUGUGACCCUACCCUAAAAACCCAUUAUAGUCAAUGUCUGUAAGAGGGAAGAAACGUGGCAUCUUUAUGAAGUGAAUGUCAUUCAUAUUUAUAUAUUUAAAGAGAAGUAAUGCCAUUGAAUGUUUACAGAAGUUUGUCACGUAAAGCAAUACAGUAGAAUUGUUCUGAAUGGAUUUAAAUGUUUUAUUUAAUGCUUUGCCAGUGUCCACUGUGAAAGCAAGUGACACACGAAAAGCAGAGCUUGGCACUUUUUUCCUCCAUUUUACCGGUAGUCUUGUGUGUGCUUGUCGGCUGUAAAACAUCCAAUGUAACAUGUAAUCUUAAUGUGCGUCCUGCAGAAUUUAGAACCCAACGUUUUAUUCGAUGGAUUUACCCCUGUCGUGCUCCGUCAUCACCUGUCCCCAACGCACACUGUGUGUACACUUAGACCUGAUUGUUUGUGUCAGUGUUCCUCCGCGGUCUGUUGCUGAUUAGCCCAGUGGUUCGCCACCGUCACCUCGAGUCCACAUCCAAGUCUCACUGUGUCUACCUUUCCAACUAGUGGAGGACUAGAAGAGGACAUAUCUGUUGGUUGCUGUGCCUUGUGUAACUGGGCCUGUUUGGGUACUGUAUGGUAUAUGUAUAGGUUACAUAUAUGUGAAAUGAGCUUUAUGCUGAAAUGAAAGAGGAAGUAACUACAGGAAUUUAAGUAAGGUGAGAGAGCGUGCUCGAGGAAGACAUUUCACAUUGCAUUGGUCAGACAGACCACAGCGUAACCUUUUGAUGAUCAGACAUACACUCAAUCUCUUACAUUUCUGGUCAUAACCUAAAACAAAAUGGGCAUAUGUACUGUGUAUAUAUAUAUAUAUAUAUAUGCGGCACUUUUUCUACUGUGUUUUACAGUGAACAUAUUCAUGAAAUGUGCAAGAUACUACUAUGAGGUAACAGUCGCUCCAAAUGAGUAUUAAGUGAAUGUGCACCAUAUGAACACCAAAUUCAAUUCCACACAUCAAACAUCACAUUUUCAAUCUUUUUUUUUUUUUGCCAAGUCAUGUCUUUUUUAUGUUCUAAAACAUGGGGUUAUUUUAUAUUAUAUUUGGCGUCACUGACUUGAUGGUCACACUGGUCAUUUUGACGAAUGUGUUUUUUGAAACCUUUCUGCUGUUCAACGUGUAAUUUUUGAAAUGGUGUUUCUCUGUGCAUCACAGUCACUAUACUGAGUGUGGAAGUAUAUAUGCUGUUGUGUAACUUGUAUCAUCUAAGUAUCCGUUUCCCAUUGCAGUGUCAUAGUAAGUCUCCCCAGAAACGCUCGGGUGUUUUUUGAAGACCACGUAUGACAACCUCACGACUGCUGUCAGUCAAGCACACAGCCAGGUGGGAGAGAUAGCCUCCCCAAGUAUAUUUGUUCAAAUAUAUAGUAAUAAUAUUUUUUUUGUAAAACUGUUAUUGAAAAGCAAUAAAAGGACUUUAUGUGUAA